AAAAGUGGCAACACUAACACUGAAGUUGUCAACUUGUGUUUGUCAUUUUUUGUCGAUAAAUUUUCGUCUGCAACGCAAAAUCGCAAACUCAAAUAAAAUCAAUUUUGCAUUCCAGACAGUGUUUAAUUUUGAGUUUAUUGAGUAAAUCUAAAAUAUCAGAAUGGAAGGAUUGACUAUUAAGAGUUUGAAGAAACACAAGGCUUUGAUUCCACUGUAUGUUUGUGUGGGCUUGGGAUGCGGGAUGGCAGUGCUGUACACACUUCGCCUGGCUACUCGCAACCCUGAUGUCUCAUGGAACAAGCGUACAAACCCUGAGCCCUGGCAGGAGUACAAGGACAAGCAGUACAAGUUCUACUCGCCCAACAUAGAUUACUCCAAGACACCGUCGCCUGCUCCUAAGUUCUAAGUCAAACUAUUGAAUACAAGCAGUGUUAUAAUAUUUAGAACAUUUUAUUUAAUAAAUAGUGCUAUGUGAUAAUUU